UCCUUCAUUUCUUGUCCUUGGAGGUCUAGUUAGGGUUUCCUACUCCAUUGACUGCCGCUGCUUUUCUUUGCUCACUAGCAAAUAAGGGGUGACCAAUAAAAUAGGCAUCCAAGGGCCAUUAUAGUGUUGCUGUUUUUCCGCCUCUUCAUUCAGAGCAAAAACAUGCCAGUCCCACUUUGGGGGUCGUGAUUUCCUUUUGCCUGACCUGACUGGAAAUAUUGAUUUCACAUGUUGAUUGCAAUGAAAAAAAACAGCACAUGCAACCAUGCAAAGUUUUUGCAUUUUAGUUCACUUCAAAGUAACUUUCUUUUUUCGUCCGCUCCUUCACAAGCAAGUUGUUGAGUUGAAGGGGAGGGGAUAUUGCUUCUCACUGACUUAAACUGCUGCUUCCAACUCAGUGAGAAGUUUGUUAAUGACAAGUUUGUUAAAAAAAGACCAAUAUAUCAAGAAUCGUCUCAUUAGCCAUAAACUUUCGGAGAACAAGGGAGAUGGAAUCUUGGUUGGCAAAAACUGCUGGGAGUGUAAAUGAUGGUGACAUGACGUACGACAAUUCCUCUAGAAUGGAGUCCAAGCGUUUUCAUCAGUGGUUCAUGGAUAGCCCUGAAGUGGAUCUGUUUCCACGAAAGAAACAAGCAAUAGAGGUUUCAAGCAGUAAUUUGUUAUCAGGAAUGUAUAGCACCAAUAACCAUUCAUGGGGAAAUUCCUCAAGGUUACACUCAUUCAAUGGUCAUUUUUCCGAACAAUUAUAUGAACCAGAAGCUUCAGCAAGGGCUUUGAGUUGUGAAAACAGGAAUAUUUCACCUCUUAAUGCUGAUAAAUUGACUGUGGGACAAAAGGAUAACAUGGAACCCUUUGGGAGCAAUUCCUCAUUCAUAACCCAGACAAUUGAUGAUCAUGGAUCAGGUAUAAAUUAUGGUGGAAUUAGAAAAGUUAAAAUCAGUGAGGUGAAGGAUUCUGAGAAUGUCAUGUCUGUUCCUUCAGGUCAUACCUAUGAUAUGGGAGUGAACAACACUGUGUCAAAUGCACAUGUGCACAGGGGGGGUGAUUAUCCCACAUCAACAAGUCUCGCUUGCGACAAAGGGGAUGACAAUGUUGUCUCCGUGGAUGAUGAUUAUGGCAGGGCAUACAACAAUUUCAUUUCAAUAUGUCAGUCUUAUAGUAAGGAAGAUGGUGGCUUAUCUGUUGGUCAAACCUACAAGGAGACCCGUAAUACAAUAUCAAUGGGCCAGGCAUUCAGCAAGGAGGAUGGUAAUAUGCUAGCUAUUUCUCAAGCAUAUAACAAGCCAGAGGACAAUUCUAUUUCUAGACAAAGCAUAUUUAACAAGGGGGAGGAUGGCACCAUGCCAAUGAAUCAUGCCUACCACCAGGAUAGAAAUAACAAGUUAUCGAUUGCUUACUCUUAUAACAAUGGAGAAAGCACAAUUAUAUCCUUUGGUGGCUGUGAUGAUGAUGAUGGUCAUGUUAGUAUAACUCCAUCCGGCAGACUCAUUUCCAACUAUGAACUGUUGAUGGGCCAACCACCUGUACAGAGUUCAGAAGCCGUGAAUGAGAGAGAGUUGAUUGUUUCUAAUCCUGGCUCCUCCCUGACAUCUGCUUCUGUAACUGGAAACGUUUCCCACACAAAAGAGGAAUCUAAAAUAUCUAAGAAAUUUCCUUCAAAUAACUUCCCUUCUAAUGUCAGAAGUCUGCUGUCCACUGGCAUGCUGGAUGGAGUCCCUGUGAAGUACAUGGCCUGGUCUCGGGAGGAACUCCGUGGUGUCAUAAAAGGGUCUGGGUAUUUAUGCAGCUGCCAGUCUUGUAAUUAUUCCAAGGUUAUUAAUGCAUAUGAGUUUGAGCGUCAUGCUGGCCGCAAGACAAAGCACCCCAAUAAUCACAUUUACUUUGAAAAUGGGAAAACUAUAUAUGGGAUUGUUCAGGAGCUCAGGAGCACUCCACAAAAUAUGUUGUUUGAUGUUAUCCAGACAAUAACUGGUUCACCAAUCAAUCAGAAAUCCUUCCGCAUUUGGAAAGAAUCCUUUCUAGCUGCAACGCGUGAACUUCAACGCAUAUAUGGAAAAGAUGAAAUGAAGCACCUUUCAUAAAGGUGCACCAUUUGACCUGUUAGGUAGGAGGAACAUUAUUUUGUGCGUAGGAGUCAUCAUUUGGAUAUAACUUUUGUUGACUGGUUAUCAAACCUAACCCCAACUGUUUGAAUCUCCGUUUUGAGGACAAGCUAUCCUUCUUGGUGAUAUGCAAGACAACCUUGCAAACAGGACAACGUAGUUAUCUUUCAUUGAUGUAUCAUGACGAUAUUGAGUUGGUAAAUUUUAUGAAGAGAAGCUGAUUCAAUAUUUUUUGUAUUACUAAUGGAACAAAAGAUUUAUUAAAUGCUUUCACUCUUGUAUCAAAUGAAGUUUGUUGUAUUUUUCUCAAAGGUCUUGCAUUUUGUCUGUUGCUAUAUAUAUAAUAUACAUUAGCUAUUUUUGGAA